AUGUUCACUAGUCGGUUGUUUCGGUUAGUCCGGAGGAUAGGGCCUGUGGCCCCCAGGAGAGCUCAAACUGUUCUCUGCUACCAGCACAAGAAGAGCACAGGAGCACCAGAAUCCCGUAGUUACUGCGCCACCGGUAAAGUAACCAACCCUUUCCUUGCUUCCGACGACAGGAUGCAGGGGUAUUUGGAGACGUUGCGGCACGAGUACUAUGCACUCAAGGUGCAGGAACAACGGACCGCGAAGGAUAUCCAGCGAAUGUUGCAGCUCUCGAGCGUGGUGGAAAUGUACGAACAGCGUCGGAUAAUGGAGGAAAACCUGCGGUCACUGAAGGAACUGAAAGACGACAAGGACGACGAAAUGGUGCAGCUGAUGAAGGAGGAACGCGAAGCGUACGGGAGCAUACUGGUGCGGCUGGACCGAGACAUAAUGGCCGGUAUUUUAUCGAUGGACGAGGAAGAAGACUACGGGUCGCUGAUACUGGAGGUAACGGCCGGUGUUGGCGGACAGGAGGCAAUGUUGUUUGCCCGCGAGCUGUUCGAUAUGUACUGCGGGUACAUUGAGUACAAGGACUGGGAAGUGGAAACGAGCCAGACCGAAGGAACCGACCUUGGUGGGCUACGGCACGCCACCAGCGUCAUCAACGGGCCGGAUGCGUAUCGGUGCUUGAAGUACGAAGGCGGCGUGCACCGGGUACAGCGUAUUCCUGCGACGGAGAAAUCUGGCCGAGUACACACGAGCACUGUCACGGUGUCCAUAAUUCCUCGGCCGGACGAUUUCGAAGUCGAGCUGAAGGAGAAAGAUUUGAAGAUCGAAACGAAACGUGCCAGUGGCGCCGGUGGACAGCACGUUAAUACCACGGACAGCGCGGUGCGUAUCGUGCACCUGCCCACGGGCAUCGCGGUCGAAUGCCAAACGGAGCGAUCGCAGGUGAAGAACCGUGAAAUUGCGAAGCAAAAACUAACGGCCAAGCUGAUGCAGCAAGAACUAGAGGCACGUUUCACGAGCUCUCAGGCACUGAAAAAGUCCCAGGUGGGACAAAGCCUGCGCAACGAAAAGAUUCGAACGUACAACUACAACCAGGAUCGCAUCACCGAUCACCGGCUAGAGGGUGGCACGGUGCACAACCUUAAAGGGUUCCUCGAGGGUGGUGCUCAGCUGGACGAUAUGAUUGAAAAGUUGCACCGUUCCCGACGACACGCACAGCUGAUGGAGAUCAUUAACAAGCCGCCGGAGCAAUAA